ACCUCUACUACAGUUACUGUACAGUUACUGGCGUCACAGUUUAUGGUAUAUCGGGAGGAGCUGCUACCGCCCCAUGCAUCGUAGGCCCACGCAUUCUUCUCCCUCGUUAGGACUAAAGAUAUUGACUGGGGAGGGUUUGAAGCGGAGCCUCAAUCACAGAGAAGACUAUUUCAUGAGAUAUUUGAUCAUCAUUUGAUGUUAAAAUAUCCUCCGCCACUUGACUACCAGCUGUCGUUCCUUAAACAAUGGAUGAAACUGGUUGAAGACUCCAAUCAAGAGCUGAUUGAGGAAAUAUAUGAACUAUAUACCAGUCUUAUAAGCAAAGGGCUGAAUGAUGAUGACAGAAACUAUUGUUACAAAUCAUAUUACCUUGGUGAAGGUGAUGUUUUUGUAACAUUGAAAGAGUCCAGACACAUUGUAUCAGGAGGUACCACUGGGUUGUGUACGUGGCAGGCAAGCAUGGAAUUGGCGGAAUGGAUUGCAGCUGAACAAAAAGAAGCAUUUAAUAACAAACAUAUUUUAGAAUUAGGAUCAGGAAUUGGAUUCUUAGGAUUAUCUGUUCUCAAACUCACAUCUCCUCUCUCAUACACUUUCACUGAUUGCAAUGUUGACGUCCUAAAACUGCUCAAAAAUAACGUUGACAUCAAUAACAUUCCAGGUGUGCCUCCGAUUGAUACCUUUACUGUUGUAGUAAAGUUCAAACAGAAAACAAACCAAUGCAGCUGUUUGUUUGUGGUAUGUUACACUUUCCUUAUGGCAGGUAAUCAGAUUGUUUCAACUCAUUUGGAUUGGAAUUCUUGUGAGCAGCUGGAUUUUCCUCCUGUUGACAUAGUUCUUGCCUCUGAUGUGAUCUAUGAUACAGAACUAAUUGAUCCGUUCAUUAAUGUUCUUGAAAAGCUUCUGAGACCAGUCUCACCUGCUCGUGUACCACCAGUAGCUUAUGUUGCAUCAACAAUACGUAAUGAAGAUACUUACUCACAGUUUCUGCAAAAAAUAGAUGGUUCUUCUCUUUUGUAUAAAGAAGUGAAAAAUGAAUUAGCGAAAAGGAUUUUUUAUUACGACAGACGACUAAUAGUCUCCAUAUUAGAAAUAACUUACAAUAAUAAUUAAUAAUUAAUAAUAAUGAUUAAUAGUCAUAAUAAAUCAAUGUGUCGUGAAUGAUAAUAAUAAUAAUAAUAAUACCAGUAAUAAUAAUGGUGAUAAUAAUACAUUUAAUUGAUAAUAAUGUCAGUUUUGAUACCUGAUGAUUAAAAUAAUUGUUAUAUAUAUAUAUUACAUUAAUCAUAAUAAUAAUAUACUAUCAUCAAAUGGUGUCCAGUUUCGUUACUUAUGAUUCCGUUUCUCAAUCAGUCUAUCUGCUACUACAGUAGUUGCUUUUAGUG